AGGAGGAGGCGAAGGGGAGGCGGCGGGGCCAUCUCCGCCCGCUCUGCGGAUGGCCAGCCCGGCUCUGGCUCUGGCUCAGCCGCCCCAGCCCCAGCCCGCCCUGGCCGAAGCCCGGCGCUGGAUCGAGAAAGUCACCGGAAAAACUUUUGGCGAUAAACAUUUUCGAUCAGGAUUGGAAAAUGGGGUGCUGCUGUGUGAGUUGUUGAAUUCCAUCUUGCCCGGAUUGGUCACCAAGAUCAACAGAUCGCCCACUCCCGCUGCAGGACUGGACAACGUUGCCUUGUUCUUAAGAGGUUGUAGGGAAGUGGGACUGAAAGAAUCUCAGCUGUUCGACCCCGGAGACCUGCAGGAAGCCACAAGCCGAACAGCAGUCAAGAAUCUUGAUGGGAACAGAAAGCUGAAAAACGUUUUGGUCACCAUCUAUUGGCUGGGGAAAACCGUAAACAACAGCAGUCACUUUAACGGACCGCCACUGAAUCUGAAAGAAUUCGAAGGAUUGUUAACCCAGAUGAAAAAGGACACGGAAGACGUUGAGAGUCCAAAGCGCAGCAUCCGCGACAGCGGCUACGUAGAUUGCUGGGACUCGGAGCGCAGCGAUUCUCUUUCUCCCCCGCGUCACGGCCGAGAUGAUUCCUUCGACAGUCUGGAUUCCUUCGGGUCCCGGUCCCAGCAGACCCCUUCUCCAGAUGUGGUGCUGAGAGGGAGUAGCGAUGGGAGAGGAAGCGAUUCGGAGUCGGACCUGCCCCACCGAAAGCUGCCGGACAUGAAGAAGGAUGACAUGUCGGCUCGGCGGACCUCCUACAGUGAGCCGAAAUCAUUUGUGCCUUUUAACCAGUACCUUCCCAAUAAAAGUAACCAGACUGCCUAUAUCCCGGCUCCGCUCAGGAAGAAGAAAGCCGAGCGAGAUGAUUUCCGGAAGAGUUGGAGCACGACGGCCUCUCCGCGAGGGGGAGGAGGAGAGCGGCCUUUCAGAUCCGGCUGCAGAACCCCUGUGUCCGAUGAUACGGAGAGCGUGAGCAUGUGCGACAUGCGAUGCCCAGACGAGGGCGCUGUGAAUCAACCGCACAGCAAAGAUCGCCAUGAAAAGCUGCAGAUCAUUCACCACCAGCUGAAGGAAGACGAGGAUCAGUGGCAGGAUGAUUUAGCCCGUUGGAAAAACCGUCGGAGGAGUGCUUCCCAGGACUUGCUGAAAAAAGAAGCCGAGAGGAAGAAGAUGGAGCAGCUACUCAUUGGAGGAGAGGGGAGCAAUGAGAGACGGAAGAGCAUCAAAACGUACCGAGAGAUUGUGGAGGAGAAAGAGAAGCGGGAGCGAGAACUUCACGAAGCCUACAAGAACGCCAGGUCUCAGGAAGAGGCCGAUAGGAUUCUCCAGCAUUACAUCGAGAGGUUCACCAUCAGCGAAGCUGUCCUCGAACGCCUGGGGAUGCCAAAACUUUUGGAAAGAAGCCAUUCGGUGGAGCCAAAUGCAUCCUCCCCACCCAAGGACCCCAACCCCCUCCGAUAUUUACGCCAGCAGUCGCUUCCGCCCCCGAAAUUCACUGCCACGUUCGAAGCCACCAUCAUCCCGACCACUGGAUCGGAGGCCAGCAUGUCCACCAGCUCCCCCUCCUCAAGCAGACCCUCCGGCUGCGUGGCUAUGCCUCUGGUGACGCCAAAGCCUUACUCCCAGCCGAAAGAGAGCCGGGAGGUUUUGAGAAACUUCAAGGUGGACGGAAAGAUCGCGGUGAACGGAGAAGCCAGCAAUGGGGUGGAAGCCGAGCCAGACAAGGAAUGCCCAGCCUUCCUCUUCGAACCUUCCCCCAGCUUUUCAACCCAGUCUGACCCCGUGGCGGAAUCCCCUGGGGCACCCACGGAAGGAAGCGCAGAUUCCGUCCCUCCCGAGCCGGUUCAGAAGAGCUAAUCGAACACGCUCUACCCAGAGAGCAAGUUGACUCCUGCACGGAAGAAGCUGAACUAGCCAGCCGAAAAGAAAGAACGGAUUCG